GUGAAGCCAAACCCCUGGAGUGAUUCCAGACCUAUCCCUUUUGUUCUAUUUUCUGUUUUCCAUUGUUUUCGCUUCCGCUAAACUACCUAAAUACUCAAUUCACCCUUUAUCCUACAUCAAAUUUGGCAUCAGAACCUGGUUUUCGUUUUUCUGGGUUCAGAAUUUUCAAGUAUUUCUUGUUCUUCACACUGUGUGUCAAGUGAUGGCUCCGACUAAGCCUGGAAAGACAGACGAGCCAGCGACGGACUUUGUACGUCUUGUUCAGAUGAUGGAAAACCUAUCAAAGCAAGUAGCAGAUUCGGACGCUAGAUCUAGACUCGUGGAACGUCGCCUUGCAGACUUAGAAACAGCUAACCAACAUGAUGAAGCAAGUGUGAAUGGAGAAGAGAGGAAUCAUGAGCGACAACGUCAUGAUAGAAGGAAUGAUCGAGACGCAGAGAGACACAAUUUUCAUCGUGGCUAUGAGCAAGACCCUGAUGAAAGGGUGAUGAGAUCAGUGAAAGUUGACGCUCCAAAUUUUGAUGGUGAGCUAAAUCCUAAAGCACUCCUCGAUUGGUUAGCUACCAUGGAUCGCUAUUUUGAGUGGCAUGACAUGUCUGAAGCUCGAAGGGUGAGAUUUGCUAAGAUAAAAUUGGUGGGUCAAGCUGGAUUGUUUUGGACCAAUGUUGAAACACAACUAGAGAGAGCUGGUGAAGAACCAAUCAUCCAUUGGGGUGAGAUGAAAGAAAGGUUGAAGCAGAAAUAUCUACCAUUAUCCUAUCAACAGAGUUUGUUGGACGAGUGGCAAACUCUUCGUCAAGAUAACAUGCCAGUUGCUGAAUAUAUUGCAAAAUUUGAGGAAUUCAUGUUGCGAUGUGACAUAAGGGAAGAUCGAAGGAUGACUAUUUCUCGGUUUAGAUCACUUCGUCCGGAGCUUCAAAAAGAAUUAAUUCCGCAUACUAUGAAUACUUUAGAGAGGGUUUUUCAGAUGGUACAAGAAUUAGAGAAGUAUUUAAAGUUGUCCAAUGUAGUCAAGCAAACUGAUUCUCAAAGAUCUGAUUGUCAUGUUGGCACAUCUGUGACUCCAAGUUCUCCAACAUCUAUGACUAAUUUAGUAAAAACUGCCAAAGGAAAAGGAGUGCUGGUUGAUACACGUGGUGGUGGAAUGCAAAGAUGUUACAGAUGCCAAGGUUUUGGACACUUUGCUGUCCAAUGCCCAACGAAGGAGGCAACAAGAAAUCUGUGUGCACACAUCAACGAACAAGCUGACAAUCAAGGCGAAUUCGAGGAAGAUAUUUAUGAACCCCAACAACCUGAUGAAGAUUGUGGAAUCGACUUUGAAGUCCCUCAUCCAACAUUAGCAGUAAUAAGGUGUACUUUGGCUCAACCUAGGAAGGAAACUGAGGAUUGGCGUAGGACUUCCAUUUUCCAGACUUACAUCAAGUCUGGAGAUAAAGAUUGUAAGGUGGUCAUAGAUAAUGGGAGUUGUAUCAAUGUUGUAUCAACGCUGACUGUUUCGCGUCUUGGUUUGUCACCCGAGAAGCAUCUUGUGCCAUACAGAGUAGCAUGGAUUGACAAUACAUCUUCUAUCCCUGUUACCCAACGAUGUCACGUUCCUAUACAGUUUUCAUCUUACAAAGAUCAUGUUUGGUGUGAUGUGGUGGAUAUGGAUGUGAGUCAUAUUCUCUUGGGAAGACCAUGGAUCUACGAUUACAAUGUUACCAUCUUGGGUCAAGAAAAUAUAUGUUCGUUCAUCCAUAAAGGAAAGAAGAUCACGAUGAAGCCACUUCAACCCAAGCUCCUGAAUCAAUCUAUACCAAACAAAGAGGAGCAAGAAAAAGUAGGUAAAACCAAAGCUCUACAUAUCAUUACGUUUAAAGAAUGUAAGGAAGAUGCAGAAGUUCCUAGUCAAGUGGAAGUUAGAUCAAAUUCUCAUAGUACUCGGAUUACAAAGGAGAACCUGCCGCACAUUGAUCCCGACGUUUUGGAAGGUUAUUACAGCUUUAUCUCGCCGGAGUCGAGAUCUUUUCAGCCAGGGGGAAUUGAUGCGGACAUCAUUAGUUAGUUUCCUGAUUUAUUAGUUUCCUAGAUUCUCAAGUUUUCCAGAUUUCACUAGGAUUUUAGUUUCCAGAUUUUUA